AUGAAUUCCGUAAUCUCCGCGUUUAAAACGAAAAAGAAUUCCAGCAAUUCUGCCACCGCCAAUGACAAGUCCACUAAUAACGUCGGCACUCUGAAUACCACCAGCUCCGUCAGUGCGAAGAAGAAGGCAAUUAAUGCACAAGAUAACGGUUAUCAGUAUCUGCGACACAUACGCGAAAUCGAAUCCGCCACCAAGAUGUUGUCGCCCGUGGUGGUGGUCGACGACUUCCGACCGCCCUGUGUCGAUGUGGUCGACCACGCGCCCGCCACCGUACGUUUGGCAGCAGCCAUGGAUUCAACAUUACCAGCCGACUACAAUAUGAACGGCGCCAAGUGUGCGUUGUUGAAUGGUGGCGCUGUUGCCGGUGGUCCCGAAAUGAUGGUGCGAGUGGGAAAUGUGAACGCAACUAAUUUUGUAGCAAAUGCGGAGAAUGGCAAUUGCAGUGAAACACCCGCCAGCAAGACGAUGACAAACGGGCAGACGACUCAGAGUCCACCAACGCCCAGCAGUCCGGUGGCGCAACUCCUCGACGCUGACGAUGAUGAGUCAGAGCACUCGGCGGCAGCAUGCACGAGUAGUUCCAGUGAGCAAAGCAACAGCACGGUGGUGCAUAGUCCAACGGGUUUACGUGUGGCGGAGACAAAGGGUACCAAAGUCACAUCUACCGCACAAACCAGCCCAGCAAAAAGUCUGCGCAGCAAUUCCUCAACAUCGUCCUCAUCCUCCACAUCCACCUGCACCUCUACCAACUCUGCCGCCAGCACAUCAGCAUCUUCAUCCAUUGCCGCCAUAUGCAAUUCCGGACCGAGUUCGUGCAGUUCGACUACCAGCUGUGAUGCGACUACGCUAGCCAACUCUUCGCCACACAAUUCCACAUUAACGUUGUCGUCGUCGACGGGCAGCGGCGCUAGUGUCGCAUCGGCUUCAUCUUCGCCCACAGAGCAGCUGAUCAGCGCCAAUGCAGCAGAUGCGGAUUAUGUGCCUGCGUUUCUGAAAUCUGCGCCCGUCACAUUGCCCAUCAUCAUGCCGAAUGGCAACAGCAGCUUGGCGUCGAUGCCACCACACUACCACGGCUACGGCUUGAAUGGUGUUGGCGGUGCGGGUAUCGGUGUGUGCGGUGGCACACCCGUUAACUCGGCUUCCACGACGCCGAAGCACGUGCGUUAUCCAAAACCGCGUCUAAGUUUGAGUCGCUUCAUCAAUCAUUCGAUGCCGUCGGUGCAUGGACGACCGAAUCUGAGUGUGGCAGGCGGCGCUGUGUCAGGCGCUGCCGUCGCGAGCGGUGCGGCGGGAACAAAUCCGCCAAAACGCAUUUCAACGCAUCAGCGGAAUUUAAGUUUGGACUUUAGGUCUAUGGGCAUUUUGCUGCCUCCCGUCUCACAAGUGACCAACACACGCAUCAAUUUAACGCAACAUCAUCGCAAUCGAAGCCUGGACAGCGCCUUGCAGCGCAUACCGGAGGUUGAAGUGUCAUCGCCCAAUUCGGAGAGCGAGAAUACAUUCUGUACACCAUCCAUUCUGGGCACUACUAUGUGCUCGAAAAUCGUCACUACUGCAGCCAAUGUAACAGCCGCCCUCACAACCACCACAACACCAGCGCUGACGUCAUCAUUAACACCUUCGCCGCCAUCCUCGUUAUCGGCUACCCCAGCUAGAGUGUCGACCAUAACAGGUGGUUUAAUGGACACAGUGUCUGCUGCCCCAAUUGCAGCUAUGACCACAGAGCCCACAGCCAACAACAGCAACAGCAUAAGCAUUAACAAAAUCGGCAGCGGCGUGUGCAACAGUAGUAUUGGUAUUGGUGGGGGUGGGGCCAUAGCUAUUGUCGAGUCCUGCCCAACGUUACGCAUUCGUCCUAAAUCGAGUGAGGCCACGACACGUUGUGGAGUAGUGCCGCUUGCAGGUGCGGCAUCGUGCAGGAAUCAUAGCAACAACACCAGCAGCAACAAUAGUAACGGCAGCAGCAGUAGCAGUAAAAAACGAGAAGACCUCACCAGUCUCGGAUCCGAUGAUUCAGGCAUAAUUUGUGGUUCCGAUUCGGAUCAAAUUUCUCUCACUCGCAUACGUCACUCACACGAAUCGCUGGACUCGGGUGAAAUGGACGCCGAGGAGGAAUGCAUUGACAUGCUCGAAACAACUUCUAUGGAUGAGGAAUAUGGUAUGCUACAGUCGGACUUGAUAUUUUACCCAUCCGGCGAAACAGACUGUCGAACGCUACGUCCAUCACGCAAGCAGAAGCAACUUCAACAACAACAAAAUCAUGGCAAACACCUGCGCAGCGCUACUACCGAUGCGGAUGUAAUGGGCGCCGCUGAAGAUGACAGUGAUGCAGACAUCGACGUCAAAGCAGCGGCACAAUUGUCGGAACGUAUGCGCUAUCGCGAAUUGAACAUGUCACAGGCAGCAUUGAAUUUGGAACGUGCGAACAAUGAUACACCUACCACGCUUAAUGUCGAUGUGGACACACCCACGGCUGAUACAGUGGAUGCGGCCACACCAGUAACGAUACAGCCAAACCCACUAUUAACUUCGACGAGCUCUACGAGUGUCGCUUUAACAACACAACCCACACAGUCAGCGAAGACACAAAAAAUCCCAGAUGCGGCAGGAGCUGGCGCUGCUGCUGAACCGCAGAAAAAGAGCUUCUUUGGUGCAACAAAGAAUGCUUUCUUCCGCACCGCACAAAGCAUUAGAGAUAAUCACGACAAAAAGAAUGCAGCAAAGAAUAAGAGCGAUGAAAACAGUGGUGGCAACAUGGGUACCAGCACAGCCCCGGACCAAGUGAAAUCUCCAACAGAUAUAUCGAAGAAAAAAGAGUUCUUUAGUCUGAUAACAUCGAAUUCGAUCAAGAAAGCUGCUGCCGCGGCAGCUGCAGCUGCGGCUGCUGCGACUUCUGCGCAACCAUCUGCUUCCAAUACGCCAGCCGCCACUCCAUCAGCCGAUUCAACGCCAGUUGAGCCGAAAUAUCCAAAGUUUCCAUCUUUAGUGUCUUCCGCGAUAGAAAGUGUGGAGAAGAAAGCUUGUGCUGCUACAGAAGGUACGGAGAGAACACUUAAUCUCCCCCUGCCAGGUCUCGGCGCUUCCUCUUUGUCAACCUCUAUUGCCAAAUCGGCUUCCAUCUCUUCGUUAAACAAGUUAAAAGUUCCAGGUGUGGUAAAAUGCUUUAUCAAGGAGCGUCCGACCAACAACGAGCAAUUGCAAAAGACUGAAAAAGGCCCCAGUGGACUGCUUAGAUUCUUCGAAUCUCCCGUCUUCAACAUACACUUCGCUAUACACUAUCUAUUCUAUUCGAAAGAACCCGGUGUGCUCAGUUUUAUUGGUAAUAAGAUAUUCAGUUUUCCGGACCAAGAGGUAGACCUCUAUAUGCCACAGUUAAUUGUCAUGUACAUACAAAUGGAUGAAUUGGCCGAAGUGCUCGAUCCUUAUUUGACAAUACGUUGUCGCAAAUCGGUGGACUUCUCAUUGAAAUGCCUCUGGCUACUAGAAUCCUACAAUUAUCAAUUCGACUCACUAGGCAAUGGAUCACGAAAAUCGCAACUAGCCCUCAUGAAGGAAAUCUAUUCGAAGAAAGAACGUAAAGUAAUAAGUAAAUCGGACGCUAAGGAGCUGCCACCAGCAGCAGGCGGUGCUGUGGCUGCCGCAGCCGUUUCACCGUUGACAAAAAAGACACACCAUCGUUCACAAUCUGACGCCACACUACUGUUAAGUGAUUCACGACGCCACCCCUCAUCCAUCGCACUAAGCAUAUCAAAUCGUCACUACCAACAACCGCCAUACACAACGCAAACCCUGCCGCUGAUAUCGCCCAAGUUGUGUUUGGGUGACUUGACCUCUGGGCGAGCCUUCGACAAUGGUUGCACCUGCUUCGAUAGCGUACGCGGCCAGGUUAAUGGCCUGCUUGGCCAGAAAACCGUGUGCUCAUGCAACGCGCCUAAAACUGCCCCGGAGAAAGAGUUCAUGAAAGCUCUGAUUAAUGUUGGGAAAAAUAUCACAUCGCUACCGUCCAAGGCGGAGAAAACUUCAGCGCUACGCAUGUUUUUGAACCUGAUUAAUAAGAAUCUGCCGGCUCGCGUUUGGCUUCCGGUAUUUUCCGACAUUCCACAUCAUGUGGUGCGCAUAACAGAGGAAAAGACUGCCGUGCUCAACUCCAAAGAUAAAACGCCGUACAUAAUUUACGUCGAGGUGGUUGAGGUGCCCGAUAUUUACUCAUCCCCACUCAUACCGAAGAUGAUGCCAUCACUGCGACAUACGAAAAGCGAGGAGCACUUGGAAGGCGCCUGCAGCCAUCACCAUCAAAUGCAUCAGCACAAUCACAGCCACAACCAUGUGAGUUGCAGCCGCACAUCGAGCUGUAGCUCACAUGGUGGCGCUGCUAUUAGCGGUUCAAGCUCCGGCUCCAGUUGUCGUCGUAAAAAGGAGAAACUGCUCUCUGAGUCAUCGUCCGUGGCAUCGGAUGCCCAAGCUUCAACAGCUGCUAACGGCGAUGGUGCACAUGUAUGCAACGCCCAGGCAAUAGGUCUCUCCCUAGGUGGCCUGCAUUUAACCGAAGACGAUGUGUGGUCGCAGGAGGACGACGAAAUAACGGCACAAUAUAUGCAUAUGCGAAAAUUAAGCGAACGAGAUGCAGUCUCUCAAAUGUCACUGGACUCCUGUGACUCAAGGGAUCAAGGCAUUCCCGUUCUUUUCAAUAUUGGCGAUGUACGCACCCGCCACUGCAAUAACUUAACCUGCGAAAACACAAAAUCAUUCAACAAUGAUCCAGAAGAUCCCUCAGCGGCAGCUUUGAAGGAGCCCUGGCAUGAAAAGGAGCAACAGAUACGCGAGUCAUCGCCUUACGGCCAUUUGUCCAAUUGGCGCCUGCUCUCGGUAAUUGUAAAAUGUGGCGACGAUUUGCGACAGGAGCUCAUGGCUACGCAACUUUUACAGAUGUUCAAAAUCAUUUGGCAAGAGGAAAAUGUUGAUCUCUGGGUGCGACCGUACAAAAUUGUUUGCUUAUCCAGCGAUAGCGGUCUGAUUGAACCAAUUUUGAACACGGUGUCACUGCAUCAAAUUAAAAAGAAUUCGAAUAAAUCGUUACGCGAUUAUUUCAUCGACGAGUAUGGCUCAGCAGAUGGCGAACUUUUCCGUGCGGCACAAAAGAAUUUCGUGCAAAGUUGUGCUGCUUACUGUUUAAUAUCGUAUUUGCUGCAAGUGAAGGAUCGGCACAAUGGCAACAUUUUACUACAUUCAGACGGUCACAUCAUACAUAUAGACUUUGGAUUCAUACUAAGCAUAUCGCCAAAAAAUUUGGGUUUUGAGCAAUCUCCUUUUAAACUAACACCCGAAUUCGUUGACGUCAUGGGCGGUACGAGUUCAGACCUGUGGAAGGAGUUCAAUCACUUAUUGCUUGUUGGUAUGAUGACUGCGCGCAAGCACAUGGAUCGAAUCAUAAAUUUUGUGGAAAUAAUGCGUAGCAAUGCCCAAUUGCCGUGCUUCAAAAACGGUUGCUCUGGCACCGUACAGAAUCUCCGAAAACGUUUCCACAUGAAUUUGACCGAACAGGAAAUGGAGCGCAAAGUAGAGCAACUCGUACAGGACUCACUCAAGAGCCUCUCCACAAAGUUAUACGAUGGCUAUCAAUACUAUACGAAUGGCAUAUUGUGAGAAAGGUUUUUCAUGAAAAUUUAAGGUGAUACUAAGGCGAUACUAGACAUGCUUCUGCGUUAGCCGAGUUGCAAAUAAAUACAUAAAUGUCAAGGGAGCGAAUGGAUAGUGCAUGGCGCUGGGCAGCGUUGACCACAGCGGCCAAGCCGUAAAGAUUGUGUUGGGUAGCAGUAUGUAUUACUUAUGUGUAUUUUGUGUUGAUAAUUUUUAUAAAGGAAAAAAGAAAUCAAAACAAGAAUGUGUCGUUGCGACUGACAAAUUAACUGACUGAUUGACUGACUGUAGUUUUGUUAGAUAAUGUGAAUGCAAACAAGAAGAAUACUAGUGCUACUGCAUGCGUCACCCCGAAGGAUAAAGCAAUGCUUUGCGAAUUUCCUGCACCGAAAGUUUCUUCUUCACUACUGUAUACCUUCCUUUUUUGUAUAUACUUAUAUGCAAAUAUAGUAAAUAUUUCUAAAAUCUACAUACAUUAAUAUAAUAUAGUAAUUAGUUUUGAGUGUACUAUGUUUAUAUGGAUAUUGUUGUGUGUUGCUUAAAAAACAAUAAUAGUGCGAGUAAUAUGUGUAAAUACACUUGAAUAAAUAUUUUAAAGCGUUGAAUAGCGCGCACAAUCGCAUAUUUUGAACGAAAAGAAAAAGACCUGUUAACCACAUUCAAUGCGGCUGAGUUGGCUGGCGAUAUAAUGUUAAAGAAAUCAUCAAUACAUUUGAAUACAUUUCCAUGUAAAAUAUAUGAAUUUGUACUUUUACUUUAGCUAGAUUUGCUUUUUCGGAAUAGUACAGAGCAUAAGUUUGAACUUUUAUUUUUCGUGGUUUCAAAAAGAGUAUUAAAAAGUUUCGUUUUAGCGAAGGAACAGUUUGAAAGGCGCAAUUUUUAGUUUAUUUAUUUAUUUUUUCUUUCUAACCUUAAUGAAAAUAUAUUUUUGAGACAUAUCCUUUACUUAAAAAAUAAACAGUUAUUAAUUAGCAAAGCGGUUGCUAGUAUAAAAGUUUACGACAUAGCUAGCUUUCAACCAUUUUUUUUGCGUUUUAGUAACGCAACUACAAGCCAAGGUAAACUCUAAGCCAGGGCACGAUUAUGAGUUUCCUGAAUAUGCGUGAAAAAAUUAAAAAUUAAAAUAUCGAAUGGUAUGCAUUAUAUUUUCGUUAUAGGCGUUUAAUGGUUUAAGAUAGCGGGUCGGAUAUUUAUUUCCCUUUGUAUUUGUAUAUGAUUUGUAUAUAUUUUUGUUUUUAAUUAUUCAAAAUUGAUAUUUGCCAGCAUUCACGUUUCACAGCGCCACAUGUACGUAUGUAUUUCAUAUUAAAAAGUAUGCGCUUUAAUAUACAUAUACAUAUGUAAUAGUAUGAAUACCAAAAUGGGAAAAUAUUUGUUUUAAAAAGGUCGAAAAUGUCUUAAGAAAUGAAAAAAUAAAUGCGUUUAUUACCGCCUUAGCGCGGAGUAUGUACAUUCGUUAUAGUUUUGCAUAAGAAAAAAUGUGAAAAAAGCAUACAUAUAACUGUACAUGUUUACGAAUAAAUAUUCCAACAUAUAUA